AUGCCCCAGCCUAACCGUCCCCUCGCCAACAUAUUCGUCUCCUCGCGGUCGGAUCGCCUCAACACCCCGGUGCAGGCCCUCACACCAAGGACACCGCAUUCCCGCCAUGGCCGCGCCGAGGAAGGAUUCACCGAAAUCGAGCUGGACGACCUCUCAGAGGGUGACGAAGAGGAGGAGGACCCCUUCUUGACCGCAGGGCAACCACCACCACCCUCUGUGUCGCCCGGCCCAGCUAGCACCUCAUUCCCGCCGGGAUACAGAAGUCGGGGCGAUGACCAUGAAGUCGUCGGUCCGAAACUUCGAAUGUGUCCGUCUUCCCUCAUGAUUGCGGAGCGACUCAUAUACUUGUCCGGGGCUUUCUUUGUUUUUGGCAUCUUCGCCCUCUUUUUCAUGGCGUUCCAACGGGACAUGGAGGAUAAUGGGCUGGGGCUUGUUAUCAACUACCGCCAUUACUACAUAUUCCCUCUCACAGGUGCUCAAUACGCGCACGAAUGUGAGAAGAUCUCCUGGUUCAAGGAGGGCCCGGCCUAUUGGGACGUUCCCUUGAGCGGGCCUCUGGACGUCGUACACCACGACAGACGUCUCUGGAUGCAUGGCCACUCUCCGAUUUGCUCGAGUACAGUGACAUACCAGCUAGACGGGCACGCCGGACUUGCAACCGACCUAGCACUCCUGGCACAAAUUGCAGCGUUGGCGCGCGAGCGAAACAGUACGCUCUUCAUUGACGACACGUACUGGAAUCGUGGACGGUGGGUAGACUAUUCGAGGACAUCAGCAAUCUCUACCCAGGUCCGCAGCCCGGAUGUCAGAGACCACCGCCAGAAGAGCUCGUGGCGUGUCCUCGAAGCGCAAGGUGAGCAACCGUAUUUCUGUCAUUCUUCAUAUGAUGACCGCCCAGUCAGGCAUUGGGUUGUGAACUCCCAUACGGCAAAGUACCACCUCAAUGCCCAAUUUAGCGAGACGUACGAAGAUAGAAAUCGCAUCCAUCCUGUCGCUGCCGCACGAAGCCACAGCGGUACCAGCCUACAUCGGGUGCAGCUCGUCCACGACAUCACCCUCGCCCAACACAACCACCCCUCCCUAAAGGAGUACGUCCAAGCCGUGCACGACACCUGGACACGGCUCUACCCGAACCACCCCAUCUCCCUCGACGCCGCGCCCGCACCGACGCCGGGCAUUCCCCGCCGCGCCGAUGUCGUACGCGGCGACGGACGCCCCGAGACGCUCCGCAGCUACGUCGCCGCGUUCCCGCCGUCCGCCGCGAAGUUCGCGCUCGACCUGAGCACGAACGCGGAGCUGCGCGCGCUCGCGCCGAGCACGCGUACGACCCCGCUCACGCGGGGCAUGAUCGUGGAUCUGGCGCUGAUGAGCGGGCUGUGGGCGGAGGAGGGGUAUGUCGUACCUGGGGGACGGUAUGCGCUGCUGGUUCGAAUGCAUGCGAACUCGCCGCCAUCGGUCUAG